CUUUGAUAUAACACUUUGACGUACGCACGAGGUACUUGCACCAACGAUGGCGUCCAACAAAGCUGCAAGAGUUGGCGAAGAGGUGUGGAAGAGCCGGAUAGAUAAAGUCAAUGCCGAGCUCGUUACCCUCACAUACGGCACAAUUGUUGCGCAGCUAUGCCGCGACUACGAGGGGGACUACGUCGAAGUGAACAAGCAGCUGGACAAGAUGGGCUACAACAUCGGACUGCGCCUGAUCGAGGACUACCUCGCAAAAUCGAACUCGAUGCGCAGGUGUUCGAACUUCAAAGAGACAGCCGACAUGAUCUCAAAGGUCGGCUUCAAGAUCUUCCUCAACAUCACACCGACAGUGACAAACUGGACGACAGACAGCAAACAGUUCUCGCUGAUUUUUGAGGAGAACCCGCUGGCGGACUUUGUCGAGCUACCCGACGACGGGCGCGCGCAGGAGGAGCUCUGGUUCUCGAAUAUCUUCUGCGGGGUACUGAGGGGCGCACUGGAGAUGGUACAGAUGCAGGUCGAGGCGCAUUUUAUCAGCGAUGUGCUGAAGGGGAAUGACACGACGGAGAUGCGGAUAUCGCUAAUACGGUACAUUGAUGAUGAGAUGCCGGCGGAUGAUGAGUGAGGAGUGGUUGAUGCUUUUUGUGGAGUUUCGGCGCUAGAUAUAGUUCAUGGCAUGGCAGGGCUAUGGCUAAGGGAUGUUUUUGGUAGGUACGCCUUGAUAGAGCUCCACCGAAUGGAAUCGUGUUCUACAAUUCUGGGCUAUGCUUCCGCCUCUUUGCUGGUGGUUUGGUAGUUGUGAUCGUUACGCCUAUCUUGCUUCUUUGUAGGUAUGAGAAAGACUGUCCGUGAGCUACGCUAUUGAUUUGCCUAGACUAAAUAAAUUAACAUCUAAUCUAAAUAGGAGAAUACCUUUGUAUAGGUCGUGAGCGAAGUAAUCAUUUAGCAAGGCGGCCUUCGCGUCGGGAGGUGUGUCCUUCCUUCAUCUUGGUCUUGCGUAACUCUUCUCGAAAUCUUUAACAAAAGUCGUGGGCGAAUCUGUCGUUUUAUCAGUGUUCGGCACGGAUACCAAUAUACCCGUGGUAUCCGGGUAUAUCCUCGAGUAUAUACCUACCCGGCGAUAUUUUAGGAGUAUCCGGCGUAUCCGGAUACUCUCGAGUAUAUAUCCGGAUACAUGCCAAGAAUAGCCAAGCGCAGCCAAGACCUCUUUUUUCCAACGUCGUGAGAUCUAUAUUGAUGCUGUAUAAAGUGAUAAUUAUCCUCAGAAUGAGCGACUCGUCGUUAUCAGAUAUACCAACGGAGCCUGAGGGCUAUAAUAGCUAUGAUACUCAUAAUGAGCCAAGUCUGCCAACGCUGCCGCCCCCUAUUCAUAUUCAACAGGAUAUUAAUCCUACACCGCUCCGGCUUCAGCCUCCAGGAC